AUGAGACCGCCUCAGGUCUUGGACCCGUACCCACGGCACCCACGAGAGGACUUGCAGCGCUUCAUCAACGAGCUCAAUGUGAAAUACAGCCUUGGCAUCCCGCUUCCAGAUCCUGGUCUUAGUCCUUCCAAGAGGAAGGAGCAGGGAAACUCCGCCACCAAGCUGUACGAUCGUCUCCAAGUGCAUUUCUACCAGGGAGGAGUGGAAACUCUCCACCAGUUGACGGAGCAGUUCGACAUAGAGGCUAGGCAAUUCUGGUCUAGCUGGGUCAAGAAGCCAGGAGGCGACCAAGAUACACUUCCCACGCCUCGCACCACCCCUUUAGCAACCAACCAGGUCCAACGAGAAUCCUUGCACACGAUUUUCCACGAAAUCCUGGAUCGCUGCCAACCAAAGAGAGUGCUCAGUCGAACUCGAAGCGGCCCAGCUUCAAUUUCGAUGGAGAAGUCCACUUCUGCCCAGCCUAAGAGGGCUCCGGAGGCGGAGGCUGACAUGGAUACGGCGCCGAUGAAGCGUUCGAGGCUGGCAGGGCAAGCUGCGAGUGCAGCUCAAGAUUCCAGUACGUCGGCCCUGCCGAAACCAGAAUGCCUUUUUGCUGCAUCGAGAACAAUCUCCAAGGCAUGCGGCCAAAGCUCAACUAGGACAGAAGACCCUCUUCGAGAGUCAAUCGAAUCCGUGUUCUCCAAUACCAAGGCUGAAUGUAGCACACAAGAAACAGUUGAAGCAAGCCCUCAGGAACAGAGAAGAGCUCCGUUGAGCUCGCAAGACCAUUACAAGCCCACCUCAACUUUGGAGGAUGCCUUGUAUAAAUCUUUUGACGAAUAUGAGGCCUCGUUCGAUUCUCCUUGGAAGGAUACAAGACCUAAGAAUGCCCCUCAUCCCCUAACACAGAAUUCAAACUACUCGGGUCCCACUUCGUCAGCAUUGGAUGAGGCUUUUCGCUUACACUCAGAGAACGAACAGCAGCCUCAAGGCGAGCAAACAAUAGCCGAGACUCUGGCAGUCCCUCAGUCUCGCUCCUGUCUAGGGCAAGACAUAUGGCCGGCACUGCCGGACUGGCUCAGGCCGGCGCCGUUUCAUAUAGCGUGGGAGGUUAUCCGGAUCGGAACCCACAUGGGAGUUGACUUGAGUGCAUUGUCACUUACUUACAGCUCGCAAUGGACAGACCAGAAAGUGCUCCGUGAUGCCCUAGGCGGGGCUUUUCCAGGAAAAUCAUUACCAACAGCCUCGGAUCCUGGCGCUUGGGCUGUAGCAUCAGGUUGUGCAUCAGACGAGAAUCAACAUGUUGUAUUUUCGGCAUCACUCGAAUUUGCCAGCACGAGAUCCGGUUCUACACUGCGUUUGAGAUUACAACCUCUCAAGCUUGACCGACCCCAUCGCCUAGGCCGCAAAUAUGGCGCGGACCGUUUCCUGGAGCUGCUCGUCCCUUCUCCUGAUUCCUCCAAUCUACCCUUAUCCGUGAAAGACGAGCCAUUUGACGAAGAACUUCUCAAUUGGCUGACACAGAAGCCACAUGCGUUUUGUGGCCGCCUUUACAGACCCUUCUACCUGAAAAGCGGUGGGCAGCGCAAGCCACCCAAACGUCUACAAUUCGGGCCAGAGCCAAAGCCAGUCUAUACUGAUCGUAUCUUCCUGUUCGCCGAAGAUGGGGCUGACCUGUCCAGGAAUAAGCAGCCGCCCACACCUCUUGAAUCGAUGGUCAGCUGGGGUCUGGACCUUAGAAGGGGCAUGAACAAUUCUCAGCCCGUCCUGAAGCUCUUUCAACGACUAGCACUCGUCCUCAGCAGGACCAUCCCCACCGUCGUUUUUGAACCCGGCCAAAUCAGGCAUCGGACUCGAGACCUGCGAUCACCUGAUGGAAAGAAGGUGAUGAACGACGGCGUGGCUAGAAUGAGCAAAAAGGUUGCUAAAAUGAUCCAAACCGCUCUUGGGCUGUCAUCACCCCCUUGCGCUGUCCAAGGCAGACUUGGCUCCGCUAAAGGGAUGUGGAUCGUUGAUGUUACAGACACAACCGACGAUAUUUGGAUCGAAACAUACCCCUCCCAGCGCAAGUGGGUUCUCGAGGCUACGGAUGCAGAACAUCGCACGCUAGAAAUUCGCAGCUGCCCCCCAGAAAAGCUGCGGUCCGCCAGCUUAAACCUCCAGUUUCUGCCCGUCCUAGAAGACAGGGCUCGUGACAAGCAAGCAAUGCGCACGACUAUAGGAAAGCUGUUAGAAAAGAACCUGCUACUAGAGUUCGCCGAUCAAAGGAAAUCUCUCGAGAACCCGAUACAAUUCCAGAAGUGGAUCUCUGCGAACUCGGCUUACAGUUAUGACCAGCUCACUCGUGGCCAUGUACUCUUCCAGGGUGGUCUCCCACAGCAGGAUGAGAAAACCAUGACUUACAUGCUCAAUGCGGGUUUCGACCCGCGGCGGAACAAAUUUCUAAGUGAUAUGGCUUACAAUAACCAGCUUGCAAGGUACGAGAAACUCGGCAAGAAGCUCAACAUCAAGGUCGGAUGCUCAGCCUACUUCUACAUGGUAGUCGACUUUGAGCAAAAACUCGAGGAAGGCGAAGUCCACAUCGGAUUUUCCGAGCGUUUCAGGGCGGACUUCGACGAAUGGGAAGGGACAAUGGUUCACGGCAUGGAUGUCCUCGUUGCUCGUUCGCCAGCGCACUUCAUUUCUGACAUUCAACGGGUUAGGGCCGUCUUCAAACCGGAGUUGGCACCAUUGGGAAACGUCAUUGUGUUCUCAGUAAAAGGCACCACGCCUCUUGCUGAAAAACUCAGUGGAGGCGAUUACGAUGGCGACCAGUGUCUCUGUAUCUGGGAUCAGAGUAUUGUCGGGAAUUUUGAAAAUGCUAUUGACCAGGAACAACCCGAUCUUUCUGAAUACUAUCGGCAAGAUAGAAUCGAGCUGCGACAGCUCUUGUCAUCCCACAAUGGAGACUUUGGUCCGGCUAUCGGUGAGAUGAUAGAGAAAUGCUUCGCAUUCAACCUCGCCAAAGACAUGUUAGGACAAGUUACCAACUACAAAGAGCGUCUAUGUUAUGCUCGAGGAAAUGUCCGAGACGACGUGGCUAGGACACUCAGCGCGCUCCUGAGCGAUCUUGUAGACGCGGCCAAGCAGGGAAUUGAGUUUGAUUUCAAAUCCUUCAAGACCUUCAAGCAAGCUCUCAAAUUACCUGACCACCUUGAAGAACCCCUGUACAAGAAGGAGAAGGGGCCUCUUCUUCCUCAGCAGCAGUAUGGGCAUAUCCUGGACUACCUCAGGUUCUGGGUUGCGAAACGAACCAUCGAUGAAGAGAUGGGCAGCGUUGGCCAAGCGCUGGAAACCGCCAAUGCUGUUUAUUGGGAUAAAGACCUCACAGCAAGGCAUUAUGAUGAGUGGGAGCACGAUAGCACGAACAGCGAACCGGGAAAGACCAUCCUUCGCUGUCUGAAGCAAGAUAUCGAGAAGGUCCUCGAUGAGUGGAACCACCUGCUACGCGACAGUGCUGUAAGCUUCUCAGAGAGGGCGCAGCGGACACACAGUUCUUGGUUGGCCAUUCAGCCCAGCAAAGACGUCCCCGAAGCGGUUCUGGAGCGCCUCCACCGUGGUUACAAGCACACUUCGGAGUGGGCCUUGCUAAAAGCUAGCACCACCUUCAAGCAGUACUACUACACAAAGCCACGGUUCGCUUGGCAAAUGGCGGGUUGGCACCUGUGUUACAUCAAAUGGCAGGCCGUGUCGGAAACGCAGGCUGACGUGGGCAGGAUGCCCGCUGUUUUCACAUCGACGAUGCAUGCAAUUACCAAAAUUGACAAGCGCGCUAUCGAUCGCGUGGUUGAAUACCAUACCAGCCGUGACACGGAUGGUAGUGGUGACGGGGAUGACGAUGAAGACGGCGAGGAUGAUGCGUGA